GGGGAGAAUUCUCGCGCGCCUCUCCUCGAUUGGCUAGCGUCGCGCGCCGUGCGCCUUCCGAUUGGCUGGAGUAUUUUUACUUACCCGCCCCCGGGUAGGACAUUUCUCCCCCCCCCUCCUCGUGUAUUUUGCCGACUGUUUGGUCCCUUGGUGGAUUAGACUCGGCCGGCUGGCCAUUAAACUUUUAAAGUUUUCGUUCUCCGAUUGGCCCAGCUCUCCCCUCCGUCAUGCGGCUCGCCUGCCCAUUGGCCAAGGUGAUCGUGGAGUGGAUAACCUCGUAAAACCGAAGGAAUCCCCCCUCCCCAAUCCCGACUCGCGUGGCUGAAGCAGCGGCCGCGGAGGGGGGCGGGGCGGAGCGCGGCGGAGGCUUUUAAGGCUUGUUGAGGCGGGGGCCGCCCGCUGCUUUGGCUGGCCAUGCUUGUAGCUCAGGGACUCACCUGCCACCGCCAGGGUCCUGAAGGGCCGCUGGCCCCGGACGCCGUGCAAGAGGAGCCUGGAUGCAUAGGGAAGGUGGCCUUGGAGACGCGCUACCGCCUGGGAGCGUUGAUCGGGAGCGGCGGGUUCGGCACGGUCUACGCGGGGACGCGGCUCAGCGACUCCCUCCCGGUGGCUGUUAAAUAUGUUGCCAAGGAUCGAAUCUUGCAGUUCCACCAUAUGAAUGGCACCCUCAUCCCUCUGGAAGUCCAUCUGCUGAAGAAAGUAUCGUCCCCAGGUUGCCGAGGUGUUGUCCGUCUUCUGGAUUGGUUUGAGCAGCCUGAUUCGUACUUCAUUGUUAUGGAGCGACCCCUUGUUUCUCAGGACCUGUUUGACGUUAUCACAGACCAUGGGCCCCUCCCAGAAAAUGUGGCUGCUGGUUACUUCCAGCAAGUGGUGGAGGCAGUGCACCAUUGCCAUCUGUGUGGUGUGUUGCAUCGAGACAUAAAAGACGAAAACAUCUUGGUAGACCUUCUGCACGGUGACUUAAAGCUCAUAGACUUUGGCUCAGGUGCAUUGCUGCGGGAUACUCCAUACACAGAUUUUGAUGGCACGCGGGUAUACAGUCCCCCUGAGUGGAUAAAAUACCACCACUAUCAUGGUGUGCCUGCCACAGUGUGGUCCCUGGGUGUGCUGCUAUACGAUAUGGUAUGUGGGGACAUCCCUUUUGAACGUGAUGAGGAGAUCCUGCUUGGGAAACUCCACUAUCACUGUAGGAUAUCCUCAGAUUGCCGCCACUUGAUUGAAUGGUGCCUCUCGUUAACACCAGAGAAGCGACCUUCCUUGGAGCAGAUCCUGGCUCAUCCUUGGAUCCUCACCUUCUUGGAGCCAAGCGGGCGCAAAGUGCAGCAACCAACCACCCACAAAGGUGGUACUAGCCUCCGGACAGAAUAGAGCAAAAGCAACAUGGCUUCUCCUGCACCAAAGGACUAAUCUAAUCACUGUUUCUUAUUCCUGCUGAGUAGCUGAGCGGGAAAUUGCCAGGGGGGGGCAAUUUCUGAAAUCCCAAUGGCGUGGCAGUAAUCCUGCCCAACUGACUAGACAAUGGGGCUGUCACAUGGCCCUUACACAAGACAACAGAGACCAAGGGGUAAUGUUUUGUUUACACAAGGACUCUGCCUGGCCCUGUCCGCUGGCAAGGGGGCAGAGACUGGCACCAGGCAAGCAGUUUCAAGGCUUUUUCUUAUAUGAUUUGUUCGACUCAGGACACCCCCCCCCCUCCUUGGGGCAGCAGGAUCGACUUUAUUUUUAUGUAACGUAGAUAUAUGCCUAUGUCUCUGCAGGUCGCAACUUAUUUAUUUAGCAUGAUAUUCCAUUGGGGGAGCCUCAUUUUUAUGCUGAUGCUAAGCGUUUACCUGCUAUCAUUUUGAGUGUUAAAAUUUUUUUUUUCCUCCGGUACAGCCCCAAACUGACUUGAUAACCUCUCCCUACUUUACCCCAUGUAUCCAUUCCUAUUCAGCCAUUCCAGGUCUGAAGCCAAGUUCUAGAGCUCGACUUCUCCACUAUUGCCCUAAUUUAUAUGGGGAAGGAAAUAAAAAGUAAAGACCUAAUCUCAUUCAAAAGUGUACAAAAGUUCAUCCAUAAAUAAGGGCAAGGUCGCGGGUAGGUGGGUGUUAAUUGAACCCCUGAGAAAAACCUGGCUCCGAUCCUCUUCUCUUCUUACAAGAACCUCAAAUUUUGUUCACAUUCAAGCCAAGCUUUCAUUCCAAAGAAAACCUUUUCCAAAGAUGCCGGCAGAAUCGUGCAGUUCUAAUAGUUUUUAAGAAUCCUGAGUUUCUUGUUUGAAGUUCCUGAUAGGAUUCUUGCCUCUUCUCAUAGAUCUUUAAUCUCAGAGACUUUGGAUAUGAAUGUGAAUGGUCCAGGUUGUUCCUCAUUCCAUCUCUUCAGUUUUAGGCAUCCCAUGUGGUAGCUUGCAAGUGCUACUGAGAUUUUGGUUAAUGUAGGGAAAGUCUGGUGCCCUGGAUGUUUUCUUAGCUUUGGCAAAUAUCUUUUCAUCUUGAUUUUUCUGGGCCUCCGUUCUCCCGCCCAUCCCCUUUCUUUUUCGUUUGCCUUAGAAACUGAGGGGUCAAAAGGGGACUUGUGUUUGCCCUUAAUCAUAUUAAUAAAUUAGGCCAAAGUACUCUUACUAUUUGAGUAAGAACUUGUGUUUUGAAAAAAGAGCAGCAAGAGCCUUUUUUUCUAGAAAACUUUGGGUUUUCUCAGUGAUUCCCCAUCUUUUAUAUGGAGGUCAAAGCCUUUUCUUAGCCAAAUCUAUUUCACUAUUUGUUCUGAAUUCUGGUCUUUCUACUUAGUGAGGAGGGGAGGACACUGAAUCCCCAAGCAGUUAAGACUGACAGUAGAUAUUUGAGGUGAAGAUUCAAGUUGAUUUUCAUGCAGAUUUAUUAGUCAUGGUCAUCUAAACAGGACUCAAACUUUGGCCAGCCUUGAUCAUCAGUCAAAAGAGUGCUUGCCACAAACUUGCUUAUCCUGAAUGAAGCAGGUGAGAUGAUGUGCCUGUAUGAUAUCCUAAUGUUGAAAAUCCAAACUUACUAAAAACAUGAAUAUUUUGCUCUAGCUCUCAUCUGGGAAGGUAAACAAGACUCCAUUUUUAAUCCAAAUCUUAAAAGAUAUCUGGAAAACAGAGGUUUAAUUGCUGAGUGUCUCCGAGGUUCAUAGAGACCUUAAAAUAGACUCUCUGCUUCUGUAGAUCAUGGAGAGAGAAAACAAAAGUCUCCCCUGGAUCUUUUCCUGACCAUGCUAAAAUAUGAGCUUGUGGUUCCCUGUAUCUGCACAAAGCUGAGCAGUCUUAAAUUUCUGUUUCUUUAACACAAAUAUUGUGCCUCUUAAUAACUAAAUGGGAGCUGGAUCAGAGUGAUAACACAAGAAACUGGAGAUCCAUUCUGGGAUAUUGCCAGCAACAGUUUCUAAACCUGCUGCCGCUAGCAAUUAUUACUAAAGAAUAUUUAUAUGCCAGUUCAGGUUGUUACUUUAUAUUUGUGGACUUGUGUGUUUUGUUACUACUGCCUCUCAUGUACAUUUAUGCAAGCACAUAAGAUAGUGCCUCGCCCUUUUGGGCCCCAGUAUCUACAAAGCCCGAUCUGGGUUUAAAUAAACUUUUAUAAGAAAAAAGA